UGAUGACUAUCGUGCAGAUCUGGCAACCCUUCUACGUACAAUGUUUUCGAAAACCCAGGCGCGGAGAUAAGGACAUACACAACCGAUGUACUGGGUAGCUGUGGAUAUAUUACAUUUGUGUGUCGUAAUACAAAGACAUGUAUAUAGUUACGCCGAAAAAAAAACGCGAAUUAAACCACACAAAUGUUGAGAAAUAAUUGUAGUGUUACGCUAAUAUUCUUAGCUACAAUGUUAGGUAGCUUGUUUAAGUUAUGAAGAAACACUCGGUCUGUUGCUUAUUAGCUGAAUUAGCUUGCGGAUAACGUCACUGGCGUAUUUAACGGCAGGUACAGUGUUAGUUUGUGUAAAUUUGAAGCAGCAGGAGUCUUUUGGUUGGAUGAUUUUAGCCGACAGCUGAAGUCGCUGUCUCCACAUGCCAUCGGAAGCAGUGCGUCUGGGUCGGAAGCGACCUGUGCCCUCCUGCCCCAACCCGCUCUUCCUCCAGUGGCUCACUGAGAUGCGCGAUCACGCCAAAGAGAAAGGCCUCAAGACCCAGUACGUCUAUCAGAAGGCCAUAAACUCUUUAAAGAAGUAUCCCCUGCCACUGAGAAACGGUAAAGAGGCCAAAAUCCUGCAGAACUUUGGAGACGGAAUCUGUAAGAUCCUGGACGAGAGGCUUGAGAAACAUUACCGAGAAAACGGUGCCAAUGCUCCUGUCCAUUGCUUCCCACAUAGUACUGAACCCUGCGGCAACAACCUGCCUUCCACCAAACCAUCAUCGCACUGCUCCAACCUUCCUGCUGCAAAGGGUGGAAGAAAAAUGAACAAGCCUGAGGGUGAUGUAAGACAUGAGAAAGGUGGAAAGAAGAAAAGGGAGUAUGUGCCUCAGAAGAGAUCAGGAGGCUAUGCUGUUCUGCUUACAUUGUACAGACAUUCACAGAUACCUAGCAGUAAAGGUUUCAUGUUUAAAAAUGAACUGCAGACCGAGGCACAGUCCCUUUGUGACAAAUCCUUCACUGUACCUGAUCUAGGUAGUAAAUACACAGCGUGGUCUUCAGUAAGCACCCUCAUUCAGAAAAACCUGCUUUUGAAGACUCACAACCCUGCCAGGUACUCAUUGACAGAGCUUGGACUGGCUCUAGCAGAAAGACUGGAGUCUGGAGAGAGAUGGGGAGAAGAUAGACAAGAGGAGGAAGCAAAGAAGAGUGAGGCUGAAGACUCAGGGGAUGGACUGGUUACUGUAGACCUGACUCUGGAUGAAGACAAAGAAGAACGUGAAGAUGAAGAUAGCUGCAUCCCAAGAGGCGGGCCUAGCACAGCUGUCUCAGUUACACAUGUAGGGAGUGCUGCACCUGACUCUGAUCUCUCAGAAAAGUGUCACAGCUCAGAGACAGGGAGAGCUGCAUAUCUUCUCCCGGGAGCCUAUGAUAUUGUGCUGUGUGUUGACUUUAUUGAGACCACUGGAGGAAACACGGCACGCAAACAAGAAUUGGUCAAGGAGCUACAGAGAAACGGUGUGGCAUUUGACAUCAGGAAACUAAAUGUGGGAGACUUCCUGUGGGUCGCUCGUGAGAAAGUGGCACCUGUGCCUGGUCAGUUGCGUCCACCUGUGGCAAAAGAGCUGGUCCUUGAUUACAUCAUUGAGAGGAAGCGGAUAGAUGACCUGUGUGGAAGUAUAAUGGAUGGACGUUUCAGAGAACAGAAGUUCCGUCUGAAGAGGUGUGGUCUGAAUAAGCCAAUCUACCUGGUGGAGCAGUGUGGUUCAGCAGCAGCACACCUCAGUCUACCAGAGAGCACUUUGCAGCAAGCUAUAGUUAAUACACAGGUGGUAGAUAAAUUCUUUGUGAAGAGAGUUCAGGAUAUUAAGGAAUCAGCUGCCUACCUCACAGUCAUGACCAGAUACCUGCAGAAACUUUAUCAGAAUUGUACAUUAUACUACCGCUCCAGAGAACUGGAAGGAGAUGGAGAGUGUGAUGUGGAGAAUGGAGGCAGCGAAAGAGAAAACCCCUGCUGCUCGCUUAUCUCCUUCACAGAAUUCAACUAUGGAGCCUUGAAAAACAAGUGUCAGACAGUCAAAGAAGUUUUUGCCCGACAGCUGAUGCAAAUCAGUGGAAUCUCUGGUGACAAAGCAGCAGCCAUAUUGGAGCACUACAGUACAGUAAGCAGUUUAUUGAAUGCAUACAACCAGUGUUCCACUGACACAGAGAGAGAAAAGCUCCUCUCAUCCAUCAAAUAUGGCAAACUUAAAAGAAACAUUGGGCCAGCUCUUAGCCGGACUGUAUACCAGCUUUACUGUACAGGUGGACCGCUGUCAUAACCACACCGUUUUACGUUACCAUUCUUCAUCAAACUGCAGUGCAGUGCACUGUGCCGGGCUGCUGCUCUUUAACCUAUUUUUUUGUUUGUUUGUUUGAGAUUUUGCAAAAUAUGAUUUGAAUAAAGAUUUGCAUUUCACACAUA